UUCAACAUUCCUGCCUUGGAACGUGAACCGUAGAAAUAAUAAGAGAAGAAACAUCUACUGCUGCUCACCCAGCCUGGAUGCUCCACGGGAUAUAACAUAAAACCGAUCCCCAGAACAAGGUCAAGCAUUGAUCAUCAAGUCCUUGCGGGGUUUGCGGAGGAGAGCCAAUUCACCCACACAGCCUCCACACUCAAACAAUGAGAACCAGACAAGAAGCUCGUUCAUUCGAGUCGUGCGGUGCUCGACGUGCCUGCCUCUCCCUGUUACAUAAUUCCGCCAAAUGAUCAUCUGACCCUGGCCGAAGGAGCUGUAGUGAGAUAGCUGGAACUUGGAAGGGAUGCGGCAUUUCCGAAAGCCAAAGGUGAAUUGCAUACCCCCAUAUUACAGGAGACCUGUUACCACACAAUGCCUCGUGAAUGAGGUAGCCUGGACUGACUCCGUCCAUGAAUCCUGCUUCUUCGAGUUUGCUCGGAAUCAAAUUUGGCCCGCGCCAUGUCUCCACCUGCGUCCGAGAAGUCACAUCCGAGACCUACUGGAUGUACGGUGUAGUAGACUAACAACCUGGAGUGGCUGUUUCUCCAGCCUCCAUCAUCCGGGACUGACGUCGUUCUUCCCCUUUAGUACAAAUGGGAUAACCAAAUCUGGCUGGCUUAUCAUUUCCCUUUCCCGGAAACCUGGAGCUUGUUCCACUGGGCUGGACGCGGAGCGGCUUUCCAUGGGUUGGGUCCCCCAACCUCACCCCCAGAGUAGACUGCAACAAUAUCCCUUGAUGUGGAACCUGCAAAACUACAUCAUAUUAAAUCAUUGUGCUUGGAGUCUACACCGAAUGCAUCUUCUAUUGAAAAAAGUAAGGUUGUGUCACUCAUUACCUAUUGUGUCAAUUGGCCCGAUUUUCAAGGUUCCGGGAUGGGGCGUCUGAUCGGCUGCGCGUGGAUGGAGCUGAGGGUUUGAUAUCUUUGUGGACAGUGCGCGCAAUGCCAGGGUCGGUGGAAAAUAGCAGACAGAAAGCUGGAGGCCAUCCAUAUCUAUAUGCUCCAUACUCCAGUUUCUUAAAAAGGCGACCGGGAGU